GAAAUUUUGCAUGUGCUGUAAACAUGGCUAGCUCUGAAGUGCCUUAUCUUGAAAUAUGAUAAGUCCUUCACAAUUUGGAUCUAAUUCUCUGUCCACCAUCAAGUAAACAGUCACUGACCAAAUAGCUAGGGCAGGCAAGGACAUUCCAGGAUGAUUUUGCACUGUGGAAAUUCAGGCUUGUGGUUUCAAAUAUUUGCUGGAAUCUCAGUAAGUAUGGGAGCUUUCGCAUCAUCAUCGUUGUUGGCCUGGGUGACACCAAUUCUUCCUGAGCUUCUGAGUCCAAAUAGUGAGAUUCCAAUGACUCCUGAAGAAGCAUCCUGGAUGAUAUCCAUCCCUGAGUUGGCCGACUUGGUCACUCCAAUCCCUGCUGGACUAUUGGCAGACCGCUUAGGGAGAAAACCAAUGAUCCUUGCCUCAGCCCCUCUCUUUACUCUAGGUUGGUCGAUCAUCAUCUACUACAAAACUUACAACUCUCUUCUAAUUGCUCGUUGUAUACAAGGUGCUGCCGUGGGAAUUGUGUAUACUGUGGUUCCUGUAUACCUCGGGGAGAUUGCUAGUACUGAUUCCCGAGGAGCAAUUACCAGUCUCUUCUUCAUCUUCAGCUGGCUGGGUUAUCUAUUUGAGUACUGCACAGGACCUUUCUUCUCCUUCUCCAAUUAUACACUUUUGACUCUUGCUACUACAGUACUUUUCUUUGUGCUCGUCUGGAUAUUACCGGAAAGUCCGUAUUACUGUCUAAUGAAAGGUGACAGGAAAGAAGCCUACCGAUCCUUGUUGUGGUUCCGACGUUCAUCUGAAGAAUUGCUCCGGAAAGAGUUUGACAUGAUGAAACUCACCAUAGAUGAGGAUCAAGUACAAGAGACGUCCUGGAUGGAAGUCAUUUCAAAUCCUGCUGACAGGAAAGCACUUUAUCUCAUGCUAUUUGCAGGAUCCCUUCGAAUUUUGAGUGGAACAAUGCCACUGCUAUCCUAUGCCACAGAGACAUUCCAGAAUUCUCCUGAUCUUUUCAUCGCUCCUAAAUACAUCACUAUGGUUCUUGGUCUAGUUUUAGUUUCUGGAGCAUUUGUAAGUUUCUUCACUUUAGACUUACUCGGUCGACGAUCUCUUUUGAUCAUAUCAUCUCUCGGAUCUUCCAUUGCUUUAUGUAUUGCCGGAACUUACUAUUUCUUAGAAACAAAAACAAGUGUAGACGUGUCUCAGUACAACUGGGUGGCUCCUGCUGCAGUCUUGGUAUAUGCAGUAGUCGACGUGGGUGGUCUGUACCCAGUUAACACUGCAUAUACUUCAGAAUUAUUCAAAUCUAACACUCGUGCCAUUGCAGCCAGUAUUUCUACCCUGAUAACAACAUUCUUCACCUUUGUAACACUGAAAUUCUACCAGACAUUCAUAGACCUCUUUGGGAUAUAUUUCAAUUUCUUCAUGUUCAGUGGUCUUUGCUUUAUCGGUACUAUCAUAUCAUAUUUGAUCAUGCCAGAAACGAAGAACAAAACCUUCUCACAAAUAAGAAAAGAACUAGUGUCAUCGAGAAAUAAAAUUUGUUAAAAAUAAUUUUUUUUUUGUCAAGUGAUACAAAUACUCUAAUGUUUGUUUACUCAAGUUGCUCUACGGUGGUAAAUUAAACACUUAUUUUUAUACUGAAAA